GGUAUUUUGCACAGUGCUGUAGGGUUUAACUGUCACAUUUAAAUCACUUUUAGAUUCUUCAAAGCCUAAUAGAUGACGGUAAAAAAAAAAAGUCUUACCAAUAAUAUUUAAAUCAAUCAUUUGGUGUGCAGUCUUAACUUUAACAUUUAAAUUAGUUGAGUAAAUUUGUAUUUUAUUAAGUUUUGUAGAGUGUAAACGGUAAUAUUUGGGAAAUUAAACUAAUUAAAUUGAGUAAAUUAGUGUAUUUAUUUUUUUAAUUUCUAAGGGGUUAAUGUAAAAAAUACACAAAAAUAAUACUAAUGUCUUUGUCUUAUUAUUUAAACCUGUUAGGCAAAUUAGUAACACUGAUAAUAUUUCUUUAUUGUGAAGCUCUCUGAGUCAACAUGCUGUGUUUUAAAUGUGCCACAGAAAUGACUUCACUAAAUGAAAGUACAGAAUACCUGAGUAGUUUCUACCACUGCACACCCCAGUUUCUAACUUGGGGGUUCAUUGUUUCACUUUUUAAAGGUUUCACGUGUGUUUCUGUUUUUACUCCCCCUCCUCCCCCCUCCCGGUUUCUGUCCGCCUCGUGUGACGUCACGGCUCACCUGUGGGUGGGAGCAGAUCUGGGAUUAGCUGUAGCCACAGGUAAUAGCCAAACAGUGGGAGACUCGGCAGCACAACACUGUCAACUUUACCGAAACAAAGACGACACGAAUGGGCCGAGUGGGUUCGUCUGGUCGAAGCGCAGGAACCAGAACUUAGCAGGUUUGCAAAAGUUGGUCUCUGAGUGGAGGUGGAAAUCACCUGAACGCUCGAAAUCCGCCUUUCCUCCUCGGCUUUGAAGCGCUCGGCUCGAAGUUUUCUCCCCGAGACUUCCGCGGUUUGCUCGCCGAACAAGUUAUCCGGGAUAAAACUCGACCACAGCUGUUUCUUCUUAUGCGGUGAGUGGCUCCUUUUGCACGUUACCAUGAAAACGGUGAAAAGUUGAAUGAAGUUUGGUGGUUGCUGCUCUCCUGCGCGCCGUGGGCCAAACUCAGGGUGCGACGAGUGGAAUAAGUUAUUAUCAAGGCAGGAAUCAAUGCACUCACUUUUAUUUACAUUCUCAGAAUUUCCUGGCACCUUAUUUUACUGUCGGCGUGAAUCCAGGUUUUGUGAAAUGGUGCGUUUACUGCUGCAAGCCCGUGUGGGAACACAUGUACAGCAGUUUGUUUUUUUUUUUUUACUAAACAUGCCUCUCCCCUCCCCUAAAACAGGUCCCAGGCGUUCUGAGCCAUGCCUGGCCACAGCACAGGGGCUCCCCAGACGUCCCGCCACCACAAAUACCACGGCUCUGGCUCCAGCUCCAAAGCGGAAAAGUACCGACAAACCCGGACAAUAUCCAGGGACAGCACAGCCAGUCAGGACUCCUUCAAGGACCCUCAUGGGGAGCAUCUCCGAGACCACAACGACCACUCCCGCUACUCAGACAGCAAAUACAGUCGCAGCAGAGCCCACCCAAGGAACGGAAGGGGCUCAGAGACUAUAGGCUUUAUCCCCGGGUCUGCAGACAACGCGCCCCCCAGCAGACAUGCCUGCGGCUCCUGUGCCUCCAUGGGCUGGGGCGGCUGCAAGGCCCUCAUCUGCUGCAUUCUCUCCUGCGGGUUUUACGGCAGCCGAGAGCCCUGCCUGCAUGUGAAUGAAAGCUCCACAGACCAUCCCCCUAAAGCAGCCGCCGAGCCUCACCCUCCCAAUGGCAUGGCUGUGCUCAACCCCACCUGCGGCAUCCCCCUGGAGUCCAACAAGCCCCCCAAGGCCUCCAAGCUGCCUGCCAGCGACAGCUUCCGCUACCAGGACGUGCGCAUCGGAGGUCAGACAGUCAGGUACCCGUUGCCCGCUUCCAAGCGCACCCGCACUCCCGGCAAAGGUGAAAGCCAGCGGCCGGUGAGCAACACCAGCCUGCUGUCCCGCGAGGACUACGACCUGGACGACCUGAGCGACACGGGCACGGACAUUGACUCGCUCAUCACCAAGAAGCUGCUGGAGCUGUACGCGCUGCACCAGAUCGACCAGCUGGCCAAGUGCACCUCGGACUCGUCGUUCUCCCGCAAGACCAACGAGAUCAGCGAGCUCAUCUACAACAUCGCCCAGGACUACAACCUGGAGGAGCAGGAGGCCGAGUGCAAGCUGGUGCACGGCGUCAUCCGCAUCAGCACCCGCAAGGGCAAGAGGAACAAGAACCACCAGUCGACGGGGCAGCGGCCCAACGGCAGGAGCGACGGGACGCUGCCGGACAGCGGCAACGAGACCAUGACCUUCAUGAGCAGCGACUUUCCAGAAGUGAAAGUGUCGGAGCAGACGCCAUCAGACGAGCUGGCUCGGAAAAUGAGACUCCACAGCGGGAGAACGUACUCCUCCAGCACCGCCACUGCCUACUCGGCCUACCACCACGACACUGGAACAGACUCUUCCGGUGCUCCUCUGCUCUCUCUCUAAAGGGCAAAACACAAACUAUUUACAAAGGAUGUCGCCCAAUACAUGGAGGCCUUCAUCCUUCCUUCUGUUACUGAGCGAAGCACCUUUUUUUUUUCCUGCGUGGGGCGGUUGUUCUUUAAGAGCGUCAUUUUACUGCAAGCACCCUUUUUUUCCAAAUCUUUCCUGGAAAUCGCCCACUGAGAAGAUUCUUUUUUCUCACAGGGUUUAACAUUGUAUUGGAAUUUGUGCGCAGUGUUUUAAAGUUGUUUUCAGAAAAUGGAAAACUCGAUACAGUAUGCAGCAGCAGCCAGGUGGCCACAUUAUAGAGACUGAUGGUAGAAACGCAACCGUCCUCAUUCUUGUCCUUGUUCUUGUUUAUGCAAGUCAUUGUGUGUGCGUGCGUGCGUGCGUGCGUGCGUGCGUGUGUGUGUUUGAGCUUACUGACUCCUGCCAUUUCUUCACACUUCUGUGAUGCAUGUUUUGACCUGAAAACUGUAUUUGUUAAGCCAUAUGUUGAUGUAAAUAAUAUCCAGUCAAUGUUACUUUGUGGUUUUAUGAACCAUUUGUGGCCAUUUUUUGUAUUAGCCGGUCUUAUUUUUAAAAAAAAUAAAAGCCUUCAUGCGUG